AUGGCUAAUAUGCUAUUAUCAUUGUCAAAAGCGAAAAUUGAAAUGCUAUUAGCGAAAAUAAACAUAGAACAAUCGAAAUUGGUUGAUAUGGACGUAGGUAAAACCGCACGACGUGAAGGACGUUGCGUUUUUGAAUGUUCUUGGGAAGUUGCUAAUAAAGUUGGUGGUAUUUAUACAGUAUUACGUAGUAAAGCACCGAUAAGUACGGAAGAAUACGGAGAUCAAUAUUGCAUGUUAGGCCCACUACGUGAAGGAAAAUGGGAAUUGGAAGUGGAGCAAAUUGCACCUGAAAGUCAACAUAUUGCAACAGCUAUUCAGAAAUUGAAGGAAAAUGAUUUCAAGACAGUUUAUGGACGAUGGUUAAUUGAUGGUUAUCCAAAAGUCAUAUUAUUUGAUUUGGGUUCUGGAUCCCGAAAAAUGAACGAUUGGAAGCAUGAAAUUUAUGAAAGGAAUUUCAGAUAUCAAAUUGGAGUACCACAUGAGGAUAUUGAAUCAAAUGAUGCAGUGAUUUUUGGUUUCAUGGUUGCAAUGUUUCUGAAACAUUUUUUAGAUUCAUACAAAAAUUCCGAUUAUCAUAAUUUGGUUGUUGCACAUUUUCAUGAAUGGCAGGCUGGUGUUGGAUUGAUUAGUGUGAAACUUUUCAAUCUUGACGUUGCUGUAAUAUAUACCACACAUGCAACAUUGCUAGGACGACAUUUAGCAGCGGGUGGUAGUGAUCUUUAUAACAAUCUUAAUCGAUUCAAUUUGGAUGAAGAAGCUGGAAAACGAAAUAUUUAUCAUCAAUAUUGUAUAGAACGAGCAGCAUGUCAUAUGGCGCAUGUUUUUACAACAGUUAGUGAAAUAACAGGUAUUGAAGCGGAACAUUUAAUUCAUCAAAAGCCUGAUAUUGUAACACCAAAUGGUUUGAAUGUUGUCAAAUUUGCCGCUUUUCAUGAAUUUCAGAACUUGCAUGCUAUAGCGAAAGAAAAAAUCAACAAUUUCAUUCGUGGACAUUUUCAUGGUCAUUAUGAUUUUGAUUUGGACAAAACAUUAUAUAUGUUUACCGCUGGACGUUAUGAAUUUAUUAAUAAGGGUGGCGAUAUCUUCAUUGAAUCAUUGGCCAGAUUAAACCACUACUUAAAAACAACCGUCGAUCCACGUUAUCGAGAUGUUACCGUAGUGGCUUUCAUCAUUUAUCCUGCUGCGGCAAAUUCAUUCAAUGUUGAAUCAUUAAAAGGACAAGCGGUGGCAAAACAAUUACGAGAAUCAAUUGAUGAAAUUAAAGAAAGUAUUGCUAGGAGAAUGUUUGAAUCAUGCCUAAAAGGGCAUAUUUUAAAUAAGGAUGAAUUCUUGCUACCAACCGAAAGAAUUCAGUUAAAACGAUGUAUUAUGGCAACGGCAAAACAUGAAUUACCGCCGGUCUGUACACAUAAUAUGUUAGACCCAUGCGAUCAUGUACUAAAUGCUCUUCGACGGACACAACUUAACAAUAAACCUAGUGAUCGAGUUAAAGUUAUUUUUCAUCCAGAAUUCUUGUCAUCAGUUUCCCCGCUAAUAGGCCUUGAUUAUGAAGAGUUCGUUCGGGGAUGUCAUAUCGGCGUCUUUCCAAGUUACUAUGAACCUUGGGGUUAUACUCCAGCAGAAUGUACAGUGAUGGGUGUACCAUCCGUAUCUACUAAUCUUUCCGGUUUUGGUUGUUUUAUACAGCAAAACGUAGAGGAUGCCGAAUCAUACGGUAUUUAUGUGGUAGAUCGUCGAUUUAAAGAUUGCGAAGGCUCAAUACGUGAUUUAGCACAAGUAUUAUAUGACUUUUGUGGACUUUCACGGCGUCAACGUAUCAUAAUGCGUAAUCGUACGGAACGCCUAAGUGAACUUUUAGAUUGGAGAAAUUUGGGAGUAUUUUAUAGAGUUGCACGAAGAAUGGCAUUGGAAAGAUUGCAUCCAAAUUUGGACGAAAUAAUUAACAAUAAUAUUGGCAAAGUACCAUCGAUAUCACAAAGUCGUCGGCCAAGUUUUACUGAUACUAACGAAUAA